UUUGUCGUGUAUUUUGCAAGCUGCAUGAUGUACUUGAGAUCAGAGUGUGCAGCAAGAUGGGCCUGUGGUUGUCCUCGCUAUUCGACAGUCUCUUCGAGACGGGACCCUGUGGUACAGACAGACGCAUUCUGAUGCUCGGACUGGAUGGAGCAGGCAAGACGACGGUCCUAUACAAGCUCAAACUGAAUGAGAAUGUUGAGACGUGUCCAACAAUUGGAUUCAACGUGGAGACGGUGACGCCAAGAAAAGGAGUGACUUUCACUGUGUGGGACGUCGGUGGGCAGGACAAGAUUCGACCUCUUUGGAAGCAUUACUUUAGAGAUGCUCAAGGGCUCUUGUUCGUUGUUGAUUCUCUGGAUGUUUCACGUUUUCCUGAAGCUCGACAAGAGCUUAUUAGCCUGUUGUGUGAUCGAGAGUUGGGGGGCAUUCCGGUCGUUAUCCUUGCCAAUAAGCAGGAUCUGCAGGGAGCUGUCGGUGCUGCAGAGAUGGCAGACAAGUUGGGAUUGAGGCAGUUGAAGAACGAGUGGCAUGUGGAGGGGACGUGUGGUGUUUCGGGGAAGGGACUGUACGAGGCUGUAUUCAAGCUGACCGACAUGUUGAAAUCAAGAAGCGAAUGACCGAGAGAUGGAAACAGAUGCUGCAUGUGUAUAUCGGUAUAUCAGUGUAUAUCAGUAUUCAUAUUUCAUUAGUUGUAUUUAGAGUUAUUUAGUGAGCUAGGUGUAGAACUAUAGUGGUUGUUAUUCGUGUGUGUAGAUGAAUAUAUGGACAUGGAGUUUAGUGUAAUGUGUCUCCUCAAGUGUUUGACACAAGCACUACUUUGCAAUUGUUAGAAUCUUUCAGAUCCUGCUUUGUUCUUGGUGUCUCUUAUACAUCACUAGUACAGAGAGAUAGCAGACAGACAGACAGACAGUAAGAAAUAAAUGAUUUUUGGACAGGCGCGGACAGACAGACAGAUGGAUGUAU